AUGGCUUCUGGUGCUCUCGCACAGUCGCCCCAGUCGCUCUUUUCAACUCUUCAAGCCAACGGGUUCACGGAGUUUGCCCAGAGGCUCCCAACAAUCGAACUUACAUCCGCCGAAGCUGGCUUGGUUGUGUAUGCACCAAACAAUAAUGCAUUUAUUAUAAGCGGUAAUGCUACCGUUGCUCGUGCUACAAUUGGUCCCCCGCCCGCUGCGUUAAAUCUGGCACGAUUUAGAGGAGGUGGAUCAUUCCAGUAUAACUCCCGAGCUUUGGCCACAAGAAUGGCAAAGCGGGCAACCUCUCGAGGAUCUGUCUACGAGACUUUAUAUCACGAUGACUUUGUACUUCUUGGUUCUGGACACAACCAAAGUCUCGUAGAGCGAAACGUUCCAUCUGCAUCACUGCCGUUCGUGUUCUCAGGCUUAGGCAAAAGUGCACAGGUCGUAGGCAGUGAUAUUCCUUUCGAUAAGGGAGUCAUUCGUCCAAUUGAUGCUGUUCUUACCUUGCCAAGGAGUUUAUCAUCAACUCUGCAGGCAAUAGGCGGGGUCAAAUUGGCAGCAGCACUAAAACAAACGAAUUUAACUGCGACUCUUGAAGGCGCAGAGUCCAUAACUGUUCUGGCACCAAGCAACGAAGUUUUCAGCCUCUCUAGCACACUUACACAGACCCAGAUUGUGCAAGUGUUAAAGGAGCAUAUUAUUGUGGCUCCUUCAUUUCCAGCAUACUCGCCUUGGCUUGAGGAUGGCCAAAUAUUCCGCACACUCGGCGGUACCAAUGUCUCCGUGGUGAUUAAAGACGAUGUCGCCUACUUGAAUGGUGCACGAAUUUUGACAGGAGAUUCGAUAAUUCAAAAUGGUGUUGUUCAUACUAUUGAUAAGGUAUUUCAGCCUCCAUAA